AAGCUUGGGUGGAAUGCUGCUUUGCUUCUUAACCCCCCCCUAAAUGUAAUCAGUUAGCUCCAGAAUGUGGCUUCUUGAUGAACUGAUCUCUCUCUCCUCCUGAUCUUUCCCCUCCGUCCCUCCACUCUGCACAAGGGCCUGUUUGUGCCAGAAGGGGAAUCACAGGACUCACAUGAGGAGGCAGGAGGCAGCGUGACGGAUCCCAGCGGAGGAGCAGAGCCACGCUGGACCGGACCGGACCGGACCCGCCAGGAUGGAGAGCCCCCGAAUGGACACGGAACACGGGACGGAACACGGGACGGACGAUGCAGAAGAACGUGUGGAGGCCAACGUGGAGAUCGCUCAGCUGCAGGGCCUGGUGGCGGAGCUGCGCGAGGGGCUCCACGGCGCCCUGACGGAGCUGUGCGAGCUGCGUCACAGGGACCACGGCCUGGAGGAGAAGAUCCGCCUCCAUCAGAGCGACGUGGACGACAAGAUCAUCGGCCUCAAGAACUCCCUCAACACCUUCAAGGAGGAGCUGGACGUGGUGUUGCUCCACACGAAGGAGGUGUCCUGCAGACAGAGGGAGGUGCAGAAGAAGAUGGAACUUCUACCUGCAGAAAACAACAAAGAGUUUCUCUCAUUUCCUCACAGGAGGAGCUCCAGGGCAGAUGUUCUGUCAGCAUCUGGGGACGAGCACAUCUGCACCGCCGGCCUCUCGGACCUCAGCGCCGUUCAGCACUUCUUGUGCGGCAGCUCGCCUCAGAGGAGCAACACCUCCACGCACAGUGAGUCCACCUCAGCCGCCACGUGGCCUCCACCCGAGAGACCGCUGACUCACCUCCACCCGCGUGUCCUCCCAGCCUCCGUCUCCGAGCAGGAGGCGCAGCAGCAGCAGAGAGGUUGUCCGUCCAAAUCCACAGCGUGGGGGGAGAGGAGGGACAGCAGGGACGAGGCGGAGACUGGAAACAGCCGGAGACAGCGAGUGGCUCUGGAGCUGCUGGAGUCGGAGAGAGUUUACGUGUCCCACCUGUCUCUGCUGCUGAAGGCCAACAUCACCUUCAACGGAUCCGAGGCCCUCGGCUCCAAAGACAAGCGCCCGUUUCCCAGCGCUCUGAGGUUUCUGAUCCAGCAGCAUCUCGAGCUGCUUCACACUCUGCAGGACCGAGUGCUGAAGAGCCAGUGGCAAUGCAUCAUGGGGGAUGUGUUCAUGAGGCUCACCAGCAAAGAGAGCGACUUCUUGGACCACUACGUGAGCUUCCUGAAGGAGCUUCCAGACUGUCUCUCCGUCGUCUCCCUGCUCGCCUCCAGCUCCCUGAAAGCUUCUGCUUUCCUGGAGAGCGAGACAACAGGCAGCGAAUCAAAACCUUCCCUCCACACGUUGCUCCUUCAGCCGGUUCAGAGGAUCCCGGAGUACCUGCUGCUCUUACAGGGCCUGCUGAGGCAGACCACUGCAGAGCACCCAGACUACUACCUGCUGCUGGUUUGCAUCCAGCAGUUCAGGUCCUUCACCACCCAGUACCACCACCUCCUCCAGCACAACCAGGAGCUCCUGCUGCACACCCGCAAGGAGGUGAAGAGCAGGUCUACCAUGACACAGCUGUUGAAGACGGUGGAAAGCGGGAUUCAAGCCAACAACAUCGGAUCACCGUACCCCUGCAACAGCGCCCUGCUAGAACAUGCCAACCAGGUGAAGCGGAGCAAGCAGCGUCUCCUGGAGCAGAUCCAGUCCCAUCGUUUCCAGGAUUGGGAUCCCGAAAGUCACGGCUACGAUUCGGAGUGGCCCCCCCAGCUCCCUUUCUUCAACCCAGACCUGGACUCACGAAACCACAAGCCAACAGGUCUUGGAAGCAUCCCAGAGAGCGAGGGGUCCGAGGUGGCCGGUUCCUGCCUACGUCACCUGCCUUCCAGACCCGCGGACUUCCGUCAGGUUCAACCGGGCUCGGCUCUGUCCGACGCCCUGGGAGAGUUCCUCCUCCCUCCAGACCCCCCGGGGAUGGAGAGCCUCUACGAAGAGGACAGAUGCUCCCUCCUCGAGGUGCCCAUGUUCGACCACUGCUCCUCCGCGUCUUCGGAUUCCUCUAUCGACAUCGCCUUCGUGAAGUGCCCCAAGGCGCCUUCGGUGUCGCAUCACGCAAUGGCGGCAAAUGUGUCGACGACCCGCGAUGUCUUCGGCGACGGCGCCAGGAGCCACGGGAACGGUUACAAGCCUCCCAACAGGGGAUGCGUCUCCCCGGACGAAGCUGUGAUGAUGCGUCGAAAUCAGCAUCGCCCCCUUCAGGCCAGCCAGCGCAAGAGCAAGUCUCUGAACGGGCUGCAGAUGGACAACACGCUGGUUAGCGGCCUGGAUGGCGUUCCUCUGCCGGACCACCUCCAGAGGCUGGGACAGGGCAGUCACGCCAAGCUGGAGCGCCAGGGCAGUAAAGGCAGCAAAGGGUGCGCCACCCCGUCCCGGAGGGUCAUCAGCCCCACGGGGAACCGGGCCGACAUCGACAAACAGGCCGAAGACCUUCACGGGCUGCUCAGCAUCGACUCCGGGUUCCAGUCAUGGAGGGAUGAGACAAAGUGGAGGACGGAGGAGAACAAUCACACCUCCUUCAGCGAGAGGAGCCGGAAGCAGGACAAAGGAGGCUUCAGGAGCUCGUUCAAGAAACUCUUCAAGAAGAAGAGCAGCGACGAGAAGAAAGAGAAGGGAGUCGAGAAGUCGUCGGAGAAGCCCAACGUUGCUGAGCCCGAGACACCGGGGAGGAACCCCAAGCUGGCACAUCUGGAGCUGAACCGCGGCACAGCUGUGUGAGCGCCCGUUGUUUUAUCACCAUUUACAUCUCGAUGUACAGGUGCAACGCAUUGCUUCCAGAAGGAAUCCCGCCCCUGAGAAGAAGCACUUUUCAGUGGGUCUUGUGUAAUCUGGUUGCAAGACCUGAUCUAAACUGUAGAUAGCUUUGCUCCACCUCCACGUUACCACGUUACACAUUUCAUAAGGUUCCAUUUGCUCCCCAAACUCUAUAAACUCUUUUGAUUAAAGUAUAUUGACAGGUGGAAAGUAGAAUGAUGAAUGGUAUCGACUACGUUCCAGACGCUCUUAUUUUGAUGCGUUUCACUUCCUGCCAGCUGCUGAAACGUCUGAAGCCUUAAGGAAUUAUUUUAUUGUGCAUAUACUCAGGAGAACAAGCAUUUACUAGUUAUUAGUUGUGUGUGUUUUAGUGUGUUUGAACAGUUCAAUGUCGCAAACAAGAAUGUUAAAUAAAGUCAACACUGAAACUUAAAUGAUUUAAAUUUGGAGGAUUCUUUUCAGGUUGUUUCAUGAAUAACAAUUUCCACUUCAAAUGCUACACUGUACCUUUAAUUUGAAGGUCCUGGUCCUUAAAGACCUGCAACUCUCCACAAAGUGUCCCUUUAAGACUUUGAUGUCUCUAGAUGCUGCAGAUUGAUAUAAGUAUUGUGCACAUCUGCAUGUCCAACUCAAAGUCUUCAUGAGCUCUAAACAGCUGGUAGA